GUUCAAGAGUAUCGUGAGUGUCACACAGAAGCAUGAGGAGGACACACUGCUGAAGGAGACAGCAAGCCAACAAACAGUGGAUGUCAGACCUCAAGCACGUCCACAAUGCAUUUUGCACUCACCAUGGUGUCCAGGACUGUGGUGAUGUACAUGGAGAUCGGCUGCUUCGUGUCCUGUCUGUGCGGCUGGAUCCUGGUGUGCUCCACUCUUCCAACAGAGUACUGGACUUUCUCUGAGGUGGGCAGCAUCGUGCUGACCACCUCCAACUACUACUCCAACCUGUGGAAGGACUGCAUCUCGGACACCACGGGGGUGUCCGACUGCAAGGAUUACCCCUCCAUGCUGGGCCUGCCUGCGUUCCUUCACGCCUGCAGGGCGCUGGCGGUCUGUGCCGUCAUCACCGGCUUCUUCGGAGGCGUCCUCACACUCAUUGGGAUGAAAUGCACUAAAAUAGGCGGCUCGGAGAUUGCCAAUGCGAGGGUGACCUUCGCGGGCGGGAUAACCUAUCUGGUUUCAGGAUUCUGUGGUAUGAUCACCUACUCGUGGUGGGCCAACAAAGUGGUAACAGAAUACCUGGAUCCACAUUUCAGGGCACAGAAAUUUGAAAUUGGAGCUGCUGUUUUCAUCGGCUGGGGAGGCUCCAUCCUUCUCAUCUGUGGAGGGACGGUGCAGAGUUACUUCUCUGGAAAAGAAGGUCUGCCAUCAAGUUCCCCAAAAAGGCCUCGGAGACCAGUCUCUUACGCCACCGCCAGGACCAAACGGACCUACAUGCUGCCAGCCUCGUCCUCCAGAGUGACCCUGGUGCCGCCGCUGUUUUACGAGGGCAGGAAGAGCCGAGGAGCCAGGACCACAUCAAAGGCCGGCCGGACGUUCAGCAGGGACAGCUUCGUCUGAGCUCAGACAGCAGCAUGAAAGACUUUAAAGGAAUAGUUUGACGUUUUGAGAAAUGCUGUAAUUGGCUUUCUUAGCACGAACGAGACGAGAAGACUGACUCUCGUGUCCACUUACUAUGCAGCUGGACCCUUCAGUCAUUUAGCUUAGCUUAGCAUACCGGUGGCUUUUAUUUUCAGACAGUGCCAGACUAACUGUUCCCCCCUGCUUCCACUCUGUGUGCUAAGCUAGGCUAACAAGCUGCUGGUUCCAGGUUCAUAUUCCACACACAGAUGUGAAAGUGGUAUCCGUCCUCUCAUCUCACUCUGAACAAGAAAGCCAAUAAAUGUAUUUCUCAAAAUGUUGAACUGUUCCUUUAAUAAGGGAGCUCAUGGCUGUAGAUAUCAAUUUUAGUGCCUUCAAUGGAGAAGAAACCUGAUAGUUAAUGAUUAUAUCAUAUUUUCUGUAUGUAAAGCAGUAAGUGUGUUGUUUUUUUAAAAACAUUUUAUAUUUAUAGUUUUGUUUUUUUUGGUCUUUAAUCAAGGAGCAUCCACUGUCUUUCCUUCUUUCAUGUCUGCCUAUGUCUGCUGAGGUUUGGUCCAAAAGAGAACAGUUCACAUGAUUCACUCUCUUCCAGACCGACAACAUCACAGCACAUGACUUAGUAUGUUUACAAAACUGUGUGUCAAAAUUAAAACAGCUUGCACAGUCCUUCUCCAGCGCUCCGUGCCUUAAUCGUCUGACCAGCGUUUUCAGGUGUGGUGCCCGAGGCUGUUUCUUCUUUCCUGGCCUCAGUGACUCGCAGGUAACCAGAGAUAUUAAGAUGACAAAAUAACAUAUUUACUAUUGGUUGAUACAAGAGGAAUAUAAAUAGCCACAAGAAAAAAACCAACAGUGGGUAAUACGGUCUGUAUGUCCUGUGCUCCUGAAGUUCUUUCUUCUGGUUGGCCAGAAGAUGGCGCUCUAGGGUAAAAGAGCAGCAGCUUGAAUAAAACAUGGUGCACUGA